GGUACAGCCCCCUCCCCCGCCCCGCUCCAUCCCCGUUCCCGAUCCCUCCCUUACUCCCCGGUUCAUCCCUCGACCCCUCCCCGCUCCCUCCCCGCUCCCUCCCCCGGUCCAUUCCCGUCUCCAACCCCGUUCCCGGUCCCUCCCCGGUCCCUCCCCAUCCCCUUCCCGUUCCCUCCCCGUCCACCCCCUGUCCCCGAUCCAUUCCCCGAUCCCUCCCCCGCUCCAUCCCCAUUCCCGAUCCCUCCCCAUCUCCUCCCUGACCCUCCCCAUCCCCUGCCCGGUCCCUGCCCCGCUCCAUCCUCCCUCCAUCCCCAUUCCCGAUCCCUCCCCAGCCCCUCCCCAUCCCCUGCCCGGUCCCUGCCCCGCUCCAUCCUCCCUCCAUCCCCAUUCCCGAUCCCUCCCCAGCCCCUCCCCAGCCCCUCCCCGGUCCCUCCCCAUCCCCUCCCUGACCCUCCCCAUCCUCUCGCCGUCCCUCCCCCGUCCCGCAUCCCCGCCCUGACCCUCCCCAUCCCCUGCCCCGCUCCAUUCCCGAUCCCUCCCCAUCCCCUCCCCGGUCCCUGCCCCGCUCCAUCCCCAUUCCCGAUCCCUCCCCGUCCCCUCCCUGACCCUCCCCAUCCUCUCGCCGUCCCUCCCCCGUCCCGCAUCCUCUCCCUGACCCUCCCCAUCCCCUCCCCAUCCCCUCCCCAUCCCCUCCCCGGUCCCUCCCCGUCCCCUCCCCGUCCCUGCCCUCCCCUCCCGCUCGGUGCCCGGUGCCGGGGCCGGUGCAGAGCGCUCGGGGCGGCGAUGGGGAAGGACUAUUACCGGACGCUGGGGCUGUCCCGGGGCGCGUCCCCCGCCGACAUCCGCCGCGCGUACCGGCGGCAGGCGCUGCGCUGCCACCCCGACAAGGACCGCUCCCCCGGCGCCGAGCAGCGCUUCAAGGAGGUGGCCGAGGCCUACGACGUGCUGAGCGACCCCAAAAAACGGGAGAUCUUCGACAAGUACGGGGAGGAGGGGCUCAAAGGGGGAGCCCCCACCCCCGGGCCGGGGGGCUCCAAUGGCCCCACCUUCACCUACACGUUCCGGGGGGACCCCCACGCCAUGUUCGCCGAGUUCUUCGACGGCCGCAACCCCUUCGACACCUUCUUCGUGCAGCGCAACGGCGACGAUGACGACGGCGACGAGCCCUUCAGCACCUUCCACGUGGGGGGCUUCGGCGUCAGCUUCCCCCGCGCCCGGGGGCCCGACGGGCGCCGCCAGGACCCCCCCGUGCUCUACGACCUGAGGGUCUCCCUGGAGGAGAUUUACAGCGGCUGCACCAAGAAGAUGAAGAUCUCCCACAAGCGCCUCGGCCCCGAUGGGAAGACGGUGAGGAACGAGGACAAGAUCCUGACCAUCGAGGUGAAGAGGGGCUGGAAGGAGGGCACCAAGAUCACCUUCCCCAAGGAGGGCGACCAGACCCCCAACAACAUCCCCGCCGACGUCGUCUUCGUGCUCAAGGACAAGCCCCACGACGUGUUCCGGCGGGACGGCUCCGACAUCGUGUUCCCGGCCAGGAUCAGCCUCCGAGAGGCGCUGUGUGGCUGCACGGUGUCCGUGCCCACGCUGGACGGCCGGACCAUCCCCAUGGUGUUCCAGGACGUGCUCAAGCCGGGGGUGAAGCGGCGCAUCCCGGGGGAGGGGCUGCCCUUCCCCCGCUGCCCCGAGCAGCGCGGGGACCUGGUGCUCGAGUUCGAGGUCAAGUUCCCCGACAGGAUCCCCCCCUCGGCCAAGACCCUCCUGGAGCAGAUCCUGCCCCUCUAGUGCCCCCCCGCGCCCCCCAAACCCCGUCCUGGGGGGCGUGGGGGGGGGUUUGGACUCGGGGGGACCCGGCGGGGGUUGGGGGGUCCCUGCGGGAGCCUCCUCAGACACCCCCAGGCUCGGGGGGCUUGGUGUCCUCUCCCCCCGAGCUCCACCCUGGGGGCUUUGCCCCCCUAUCUCUGGGCUCGGGGGGGUCUGGGGGUGUCUCCAUCCCCCCCUCUGUGCUCAGGGGGGUCUGGGGGUGUCUCCAUCCCCCCCUUCUGUGCUCGGGGGGGGUCUGGGGGUGUCCCCAUCCCCCUCUCUGUGCUCGGGGGGGUCUGGGGGUGUCCCCAUCCCCCCACCUCAGAGCUUGGAGGGGUCCUGGGAGGUCCCCCCACCCCUCCUUGGGGGUCCCCAGAUGGCCUCGUUCCCUCCAGCUCAGGGGUUUGGGGGCCCCAAGGUGUCCCCCCCCCAUUGUGGGGGUCCAGGUCUUGAGGCUUUGGGGGUCCUGAGGUGUCUUUGUUCCCCCCCCCUUGGGCGUCUGGGGGUCCCAGGGUGUCCUUCCCCCCCUCCAUCCUGGGGGUCUGAAGGUCUCAGGGUCCCCCCCCUUUCUGUGCUUUGGGUGAUCUUGGGGGUCUUUGUGCCCCUGACCCCCCCUUGGGGGUCAGGGGGUGGUGGAGGGUCCUUGUCCCUCCCUCUUAUGGCUUUGGGGGUCUUGGGGGGCCCUUGUGCCCCCCCAGCUUGGAGUUCUGGAGGUCCCGGGGUGUCCAACCCGACCCUCCAUUUUGGGGGUCUUGGGGUCUUCAGGUGUCCUUGUCCCCCCCCAUCUCUUUUUUGGGGGUCCCCGGGUGUCUUUGACCCCCCAUCUCAGCUCUGGGGGUCCCCUCGCCCCCCCGUCUCUGCUCCGAGGGGGGGGUCACUGUGUCCCAGCUGCCCCCCCCGAUCUGGGGGUCCCCAUGUCCCCCCCUUUUUGGGGUCCCCUCUCAGGUUUGAGGGUCCCGAGGUGCCUCAUCCCCACCUGGGGGGGGGUCAAGGGGUUCCCCGUCCCCCCCCAGACCCCCAGGCCAGGGGGGACCCCCCGGGGGGGUGGGGGGGCCGCGGGCGGCUCGGGGUGGGGGUGGGGGCAGGGCGGGGCCCUCGCGUUUUUUGGGAUAAAACCGCCCGGAAAAGGGUCCGUUGGGGCCGCGAUAAAACACCGAAACCUG